AUGAAUGCGCCAAACUGUAUGACGCAGCUUUGCUUCGUCUCUUGGGCAGAUUGCAAACAAUUGGGUGGACUCGAGAAAACUAUGGAAGCAAUGACUGCUGCCGACGAUAAAGCGGUACUCCCUCGAGCAUUUGUCCUUGGCUUUGAAGCCAUUGGCACGUGUGUGGGAGCAAGAACCGACGAAAAAAUGCGAAAUGCUCUGAAGGAUUUGCAAGUUGAUGCUGCAAAGUAUGGCAACGAUAGGGAAAUAUUGCAUGCCAAAGCUGUUCAACAAUUCGCGCAAGGAAAACAUGCAGCUGCAGCCAACACUUGGGAGUUGAUCCUUGAAGAUUAUCCAACUGAUCUCUUAGCGAUUAAACUAUCUCAUGAUACAUACUUCUACUUGGGAGAAGCUAAAAAGAUUCGUGACUCGAUUAGUGCAGUUUUACCAAAACACAAAGGCACAGAGCCAUGCUACAGCUACCUCCACGGAAUGCUAGCUUUUGGUUUAGAGGAAUGCGAGCAAUACGAUGAAGCAGAAAAAGAAGCUUUGAAGGUAAGGUCAAAAGUAAGAUAAUA